GCUCGAGCCUUUUCUAGCGCGUGAGUGAGUUACUGUAUUGUACUGUGAAUCUCGGGAGGGGGGCUGCAAAAAAUCUCCUAUUCUUACUGUGGUCCACCCCCCGUAUUUAAAACUUCUUAAGCCAGAUUGCUUUCCAACAGGUCACAGGACGUAGAUGCCUUCUUGAUUCACAUAUUUAUUUUGUUUUUAUUUUAGUUUAUGGUUUGGUUUUUUAACACUCCGGGAGGGCAGAAAUGGCGGCCAACAUGUACCGGGUCGGAGAUUAUGUCUUCUUCGAGAAUUCUUCAAGCAACCCCUAUCUGAUCAGGCGAAUAGAGGAACUGAAUAAGACUGCAAGCGGAAAUGUGGAGGCAAAGGUGGUCUGUUUCUACAGGAGGCGGGACAUCUCUCAGAGCCUCAUCCAGCUGGCAGACAAACACGCAAAGGACCUGGAAGAAGAGAAGGAAAGCCCCCCAGAGUCCGAACUCACUGAAAAACAGAAACAUCAGCUCCGCCACAGAGAGCUUUUCCUCUCCCGCCAGUACGAAUCCCUCCCUGCCACGCACAUCAGGGGGAAGUGCAGCGUGGCCCUCCUUAACGAGACAGAAGUUGUGCUCUCCUACCUAGAGAAAGAGGACACAUUUUUUUACUCAUUGGUGUACGACCCAACACAGAAGACGCUAUUGGCGGACAAGGGGGAGAUUCGCGUUGGUCCACGCUUUCAGGCUGAUGUUCCUGAAAUGCUACAGGAAGGAGAAGCCGAUGACAGAGACCAGUCCAAACUGGAGAUAAAGAUGUGGGAUCCAGAGUGUCCGCUGACCAACAAACAGAUCGACCAGUUUCUUGUGGUUGCUCGAGCGGUUGGUACGUUUGCCCGGGCAUUGGACUGCAGCAGCUCCGUCAGACAGCCCAGCUUACACAUGAGCGCCGCGGCAGCCUCACGAGACAUCACACUGUUUCAUGCUAUGGACACACUGCAUCGGCAUGGCUAUGACCUGUCCAGUGCUCUCAGCGUUCUUGUUCCUCAAGGUGGGCCAGUCUUGUGUCGGGAUGAGAUGGAGGAGUGGAGCUCGUCAGAGGCCAAUCUGUUUGAAGAGGCCCUGGAGAAAUACGGCAAAGACUUCAACGAUAUCCGGCAAGACUUUCUUCCCUGGAAGUCGCUGACCAGCAUCAUUGAGUAUUAUUACAUGUGGAAAACCACAGACAGAUACGUUCAGCAGAAACGACUAAAGGCAGCUGAAGCAGAGAGCAAACUGAAGCAAGUCUACAUCCCUACAUACAAUAAACCCAACCCAAACCAGAUCUCCGUCAGUAAUGGCAAGAUGGCAACUGUGAACGGUGCAGCAGCAGGCACAGGCAGUUUCCACACAGCUGGAGGGGGCCGCGCCUGCGAGAGCUGCUUUGCUGUACAGUCUGCUCAGUGGUACUCCUGGGGUCCUCCUAAUAUGCAGUGUCGCCUGUGUGUUUCCUGUUGGAUGUACUGGAAGAAGUACGGUGGCCUGAAGAUGCCAAGCAGAGCUGAGGGGGCAGAGGAAAAAACACCUCCAAGCCCUGCACCUAACGAAUCACGUUCUCGUGGCCACUGUGCCCGUCAGUCUUCCCACAUGGUCCCCAUCCGGAACAGCGGUAGCCCAAAAUCCUCCAUGAAGACCAAGCAGGCGUUCCUUCUGCAGGCCACGCGCCUCACCAAGCUGGCGCGUCACAUGUGCCGCGAUCUCAUCAGGCUGCGCCGGGCCGCGCGCCGCCCCUUUGUGCCCAUUAACUGUGGUGCCAUAAAGGCGGAGUAUAUGAUCCGGGUGUCAGAGGGCAUGACAGGGAGACCUUUGAAGCCCAAAUCUUCUCCAAGGAGCACCCUGACCAGUGUCUUGCAGUAUCUUGAGUCCCGUCCAGCAACUCAUGUUCAACGGCCUCACCGCACCCCUGGCCUACAGGUGCAGCCUCCACGACGCCUGCUUUCCUCUCUUCCCAGUCAUGGCCCACUUGGAAUGUUGGGGAAACGAAGCUACCAUCACCACAGCAGAGUUGAAUCUGCAGAAAGGAGGGCUGGUGCUGCAGGACAAGAAAAUCCAGCUCAUAUUGUGGGGCCCAUUCUGCAGCAUAAUGGAAGCAGCACCGGUGGCUCCAGCCUUCGUGGCAGUGGCUUGAUGCUCCGUAAGAGACGACCCAACUGGAUCGAUGCUCCUGAUGACAGCUUCUUCCUGGUUUCCCGAGAGACGAGAAAAGCCAGGAGGAUGCUGUCCCGUUCACAGUUGAGAAGAGCAUGUAGACAACCAUGUGAGCAGAUCAGCCUGCGCAGGGUCCCCCAGGGGCCCUCACAGGUACCCGUCCUGGCACCUCCUCACCCCAGUUUACGGAUGCGAGGCCCAAUCGUCAUCCAUGACUGACCCUCAUCUGCAUUGUUCCCUCAGCCUAUUCUUUCAUUUCUCAUUUGCUGCUGCUGAACAGGCCACAAGCCACUAAACACUUCUUACUCUACUUCCUCUUGAAAGCUUUCGCUUCCUCUUGGAGAUAAUAGGCACCUAAUAUUAAAGCAUUUAGCAAUUAAACCACACUAAAAUGAUGGCAGGAUGGCAGCCUAAAAUGUUCAGUAUCUCUUAAGUGCUCAUUCAAUUUCAAUACAAGCUCAGCUUAUAAACUUUUUAUCUUGUAACGACUUAUAACGUCAAGUCUGGUUUGGUUUAAAUCUGUGGCUUUGGGAACUAAACGUACAGGGUUCCACCAGUGGCCGUGCCACAUUUGUGUAUCAUGUACAGAUUAACGCUGUUUGAUGCUGAGCGCUCAACAGACUCUUUUGAGACGUGUUGGUGUAUUCUUUGUAAAUUCUUUUAGCUCCGCAUUGAAUGGUUUUCAUUCUUUUCCCCCCUCUGUAUCUUCUGUGCGUAUCAUGACGAGUACACAUUUGUGAGCUGUUUUUAUAUCGUAUUCAAGCGAGGACGGGUUGUAUGUCGAGUUGCUGGCUAUUCGGUGGUCUUAACUUGAGAGCAUGUUCUAUAGAUUCUUUUAACUGGAGAUGUUGUAAUGAUUUGUGCAAGUCAAAGCAGUCUUUGCAACUCUUAAAUAUUACUUCAGGACAUUAUGGUUCUGUUCUCAUUCUUUCAGAUGCCAGUAAUAUCUUUUGAAUGUUUUGUAAGGCAGAAAAUUAGCAUAACAAGGGGGAAAUGAUAAAAGAAUAAACAUAUAUAGCCAAUUUUAGCUCUAAAAGGGUUAGUUCAAACAAAAAAUGAAAAUUCUGUCGUUAAUCACUCAGCCUCAUGUCAAUCCAAACCUCUCAGAUCUUUGUUCAUUUUCAGAACACAGGUUAAAUUGCCGUUCACACCAAGAACAAUACAUAUAGGGCUCUAUUUUAACGAUCUAGGCGCAAAGUCUAAAGCGC